UGGUCCACCAUGAAAACGAAGGUGACCUCUAAAAUUUAAUUAUUUCUCUUGUCAAAAUAUGAAGCAUAAUAAUCGAAGUUCAAGAAAUCAAUUUUAUAGUAGCUCAUUAACUAUCUCUCUAUCUUAUUCUGCUCAGAACUAGUACUCCGUUUUCUUCGCUUCCCCAGAAAAGCAAAUAUCUCUGUCUACCGAUCGACGUCCAUAUGGAAGAUAAUAUCUCCAACAAACAAAGUUGCACUUUCGCACUACCAGUGGAUGCCGAUCAAAAAGCCACGGUUUUCCGGCCAUUUUCGAUGGCACCACCACAUAUGCGUGCUUUUCACCUGGCAUGGCUAUCACUUUUCUCAUGCUAUUUCUCCACCUUCUCAAUCCCUCCACUCCUCGCAGUAAUCCGCGACGACCUCAACCUCACCGAAACCGAUAUCAGCCGCGGCGGCAUCGCUUCCUUCGUGGGCUCCAUCUUCUCCCGCUUUGCAAUGGGACCCGCAUGCGAUGUGUUGGGUCCCCGCAUAGCUUCCGCAACACUCUCCCUCCUCACUGCACCUGUCAUCCUCGCCACUUCUCUUAUCUCUUCAUCCACAUCAUUCAUCAUCAUUCGCUUCCUGAUAGGCUUUUCGCUCGCGACUUUCGUGGCAAACCAGUACUGGAUGAGCUCCAUGUUCUCCAGUCCCAUCGUCGGAGUCGCCAACGGCGUAUCGGCCGGGUGGGCAAACUCCGGUGCCGGAAUAACACAGCUAGUCAUGCCGCUCAUAUACUCACUCAUCAUGGAACUCAACGUGCCAUCUUUCACUGCUUGGCGUGUCGCUUUUUUGGUCCCGGCCACAUUCCAAAUGGUCACGGCGAUAUUGGUGUUGGCCUUCGGCCAGGAUCGACCUUCUGAUAACAACUACAGAGUUGAAAAAGAAAAGCGUAAUUCGAAAUUCUUCGAAGUUCUCUUCCACGGGUUGAAGAACUACAGAGGUUGGAUUUUGGCUUUGCUUUACGGUUGCUCUUUCGGGGUUGAGCUCACAAUCGAUAAUAUCAUAGCCCAGUACUUCUACGAUAGGUUCGACGUGAAUCUUCAAGUGGCAGGAACUAUAGCAGCGAGCUUCGGGAUCGCAAAUGUGUUUUCGAGGCCUGCCGGAGGGAUGUUCUCCGAUCAGAUGGCGAGAUGGUUCGGGAUGAGAGGGAGGCUGUGGGGGUUAUGGUUGGUGCAAACAUUUGCCGGCUUGUUGUGUGUCUUACUCGGACGAGUCAACUCGCUUUGGGGUUCGAUUACUGUCAUGUGCUGUUUCUCUGUGUUUGUUCAAGCAGCCGGUGGACUGACUUUUGGUGUGGUUCCGUUCGUUUCCAGAAGGUCACUGGGAGUGAUAUCAGGAAUGACAGGAUGCGGAGGGACCGUCGGGGCAGUGAUAACCCAGCUUUUACUAUUUUCAGGUUCUAGAUUCCCGACCCAAGCAGGCAUUUCUCUAAUGGGUAUUAUGGUGAUAGUCUGUACUCUUCCUGUCACCUUCAUGUAUUUUCCUCAACUGGGUGGCAUGUUCUGUGGCCCUUCCCAUGGUUCCGAUUCACCUGUCCACCAUUAUCGCCUGCUUCAAUAGAACCCUCCUCUGGGGUGUCCCAUUCGAUUCAAAGUAUAUUGUGGCGUCUUAAGGAAGAAAAAAAAAAAAAUAUAUAUAUAUAUAUAUAUAUAUGUGUUGUCCGGAUAAAAAAGAAAUAUUACAAUUGAAAAGAAUCUGGUAGAUUAAAUGUCCCUGUUGAUUUUUUUUUUUUUUUUUUCCCUUAAAUAAUUGUUCCUAUUGUUUUGAGGAAGAAAGUACGCUCGUGAAUAUUCAUUCUGAUACUGUAGUUUUCACUUUUCCCAGUAACAACAACAAUAAUAAUAGUUGUAUUGUUAUCAUGUGGUCCCUCUACUAGUUGGCCUUUUCUUGAUCACAAUAGUGCCAGCACAUACAUGCUAUUGUACCUCUUUAUAUCUUGUCCGCAGUAGCAAAAAUAGCAUGGACCUACUCGCAAAAAUUGUCAUAUCAUACGGAUUCCAUAUAUAUUUGUGAGUAGGGAUGGCAAU